CAAGGAAGGAGAUCAACAUUUGGUCCAAGUUGCUCAGUAAGAGGAAGAGCAGAACCAUGAUUGCUAAGAUUGCCGUUCUAUGCGCCCUAGUGGCCGUCGCUCACGGUGGUUUGUACCACGGUUUGGCAGGUGGCUCUAGUGUCAGCUCUCGCCGACAGGACGAUUUUGGAAACUACGCUUUCAACUACGACAUUGUAAAUAGUUUGGGAGCCACCAACGGCCGCUGGGAGGCUGGAGACGGCUACGGUAACAAACGUGGAGCCUACAGUCUGACUGACAUCGAUGGUCGUGCCCGUAGAGUGGAAUACGUCGCCGAUGGAGCCGGUUUCCGUGCUGUGGUUAAGACUAACGAACCAGGUACCGCCGCCAGUGCUCCUGCUGCCGCUGUAGUGGCUUCUAGCCAACCCGGAGUCGUUGCUCACGGACCUGCCGUCGUAAAGGCUCACGUUGCUGCCGCUCCUGUUUAUGCCGCUGGUGCCUAUGGCGUCCCAGCCUAUGCCGCUGGUGCCUAUGGCGUCCCAGCUUAUGCCGGUGGAGUGUAUGGUGCCGGAUUGUUAAAAUAUCACUAAAAGUUGUAUUGUUUUUAUACCAUUAACCACUUAAGAUAAUCGUUUGGUCAAAGCGUAUUCUGUCUUAACAAUAUACUAACGUUUGAAUUCUCAACAAACUCACUUAUCUUUUUUUCUCUCUCCCCACUUUCUCAAGAUGGCUUCCCACUCUGUUUCAAAUCUUUUGCUAAGCUUGUUUUAUUAAAAGUUUAAAGCCAACUCGUCCUGUUUUGCUGUUGAAGCUUUAGCUAUCUCAAAUACUGCGGGUUUGUGUUUUUGUACAGUUUGUAUUUAUGUAAUAAAG